GAAAGUAACAACUUCAGAUACAGCUGAGUCUGGGACAGAAGGGUGUUGAUGAAGGAGUGGAGAGGAUACACCUGUGCUUACAAACUUGAGGUGCAAUUAAAUUUCUUUUACUACCCACUGACUGCCAGUUCUGGAAAAGUGACAACAUGGCGACUGCAGAGAGCGUGUCAGCAAAAAUAGACACCAUCAGAAACUGCACGAUAGAGAUCAACAACAUGAGCAACGUCUACAACCUCAUCAACCCACAAGACUACACAUACAGUGGGUCCUGCUGCGAUCCUCAUCCGGCCACAAUCAGCUCCAACAAGACCGGGAUCUGCGCAUUCACUAAAACUCAGUUCAGUGCCCGCGGGGCCGUAGGUGUCUUGACCUAUGACCUCUUCCAUAUAAAGAAUCAAGUGUGCACUGAACGCAUGGCUAUUCUGUUUUCCGUUCCCUUUGACUACACUCAAUAUGUCAAUGUCUUGGGGGUCGGGGUGUUUGAUAUAACCUGUGAGUGCAAUAAAGGUCUGUACGACUACAUGUAUUAUGGGAAAAAUCCCAGACAUUUUACCAGUAUGAGGGCAAAUGUAUCUGGAAUUACCUACAAGGCACAGAUGGUUGAAUUAAGAGCAGAUAUGUCCAAUGUGGGCAAAGCUAUUAUGAAACUAGAGAUUGUAGACAUACCAGACGGUGGCCCAGUGGUGGAGAUCAAGCAUUGUGGUGAAUAUUGAUGCAAGUUCUGUCCUUUCUGGUGCUAUCGUUACCGUUGUACCUGUAAUUGUUUGGGCAAGUGAUCAUAUGUCGUUUAGCCUAAUAGCAACAAAAUCUUUUUUUUUUUCAUUUUUCAUUCAUAUGCAAAAAAAUCUAAUUGGUAUAAAUAGCAUGCAAUUUAUGAGGUUAUGACUGUAAAAUCUAACUAAAACAUAAAAUACAUUCAUGCAUUUGGCAGACACUUUUAUCCAAAGCAACUUACAGUGCAUCACAAGGUAUACAUUUAUCAGUGUGUGUUGCCUGGCUUCAAACCCAUAACAUUUUAAGCUGUUAAUGCAAUGCUCUACCACUGAGCUAUCACAAAAUAUUUGAAAGGCAUCUGGAAUCACCUACAAGGCACAGAGAGUUGAAUUGAGAGCAACUAUGUCAAAUUUGGGCAAAGUUAAACUAGAGAUACAUGACAAGCUGGGCUAGAAAUGUAAGAAGUUGCUUAGACUAACAAAAUCAUUCUUCCACCUGAAUUCAUGUGUAAAAAAAAUCUAAAUGGCAUUAAAAUAGCAUGCAAUUGUGAUUUC